CGCGAAUCGCCACACUUCUGAUACACUUCUGGUACGAAAAUAAUCACAUUGUCGAAAAUCUUCCGCGGGAACGUUUCACUGGCACAUUUUCGGUCUCUCGGUUCAAUUUGACGUUUCUUCGCGAAAUUUAAUUGUACUAUUUGAAUUUGUUAGUUCACGUUUAAUGGAAAAGAGUGCCGCCAAUCUCACAAAUGAGGUGUCUAUUACGAAGAUCUCUAUCAAGAAGGAACAUUUGAAUGACGACAUAAAGGAGUUUGCAGAGACAGCGAUGAAUGAACUGCUAGGAUGGUAUGGUUACGAUAAUGCGAAAGAUGAUCUGAAAAUGCCCAAAUCUUGCAGGUCUUUCUCGGGAAGUACCAGUUCUAAGUCAUCACCAAAAUCUACAGAAGGAUGUGGUUGGUGUGGGAAAUCAGUAGAAGAAAGUGCUGCCCUGACAGCUGCAUCUGCUGUGUAUUGUUCAGAAAUGUGCUUCUCUCAGUCCAGGAGGGCCAACUUCAAGAAGAGCAAGACUUGUGAUUGGUGUCGACAUGUACGACAUACUGUAUCCUACGUCGAUUUUCAAGAAGGCGCAUCCCAACUCCAGUUCUGCUCCGACAAAUGCCUGAACCAAUACAAGAUGCACAUCUUCUGCAGAGAAACCCGCGCCCACCUUGAACUACACCCCCACUUGCACUCUGAAGACUCGACCAGCAGCAACCUAAUCACCCCCGAUCUCUGGCUGAAGAACUGCAAAUCCCCAGGCAAGCGUUCCCCCUCCCCCUCCGACGCAAGAGCCCCGGAAAAACCUCCGCAGACAUCCCCCCUGCCAUUGAUCUCCCUCGCUCACCCCUCCAAGCUGACGGAAUCCUCGGAGAGCAGAAGGCGCAGACUGAAAGCGCAGAAAAAGAACAGGAAGCGGAUGCCGGCGACUGUCACGUGCACCAGCCUGCCCAAGGAGUCCCCGGAGGGGCCCCAGGACCUCAGAGUGAGGCAUACUCCUACUGAUUUCGAAGAAAAAGAGCCCGAGCAGCAAGAUAAGCUCUUCAGACCCAUAGCAUCGCCACCUAGACUGCCAGUGCCAGCAGAUGAAGCCUCUGCAGUAGCUCCUCCCGCUCCUGGAAGGAAGCUUUUCGACAGCCUCUUACCCCCGCCCACUAUAAUCGUUCCUUAUCCUAUUAUCCUGCCCCUACCGAUACCAAUACCUAUCCCUAUACCUUUGCCUUUCAAGAAGGAGGAGCCUAAGGUGGAAAAGAAGGACGGUUUUAGCCAAACUGAGGUUGAGGAGCUGAAGCAAGUGGAGGUGAUUGUCGUUGGUGCUGUUAAGGAGGAGGAGGAGGAGGCGGCUAAGCCUCCCGGAAGGCCGCUGAGGAAGAGGAAAGCAGUUGGCGUGAGGGGUGCUAUGAAAACUAGAAAAGUGAUAUCCAAUAUUAAUAAUAAUUAAGCAUCAUUGAAUACAUUAAUCUAGUAAAUAAACAAACAUUGAUUAAAAAAUGCCGAUCCAUGUUUUUUAUUCCUUUUUCACCUUUGCAUAGCUUCAAAUCAUUUUCAACUAAUCACCCCCGA